AAGGAGUGACAGAAAGGAGGCAUUGAGGAGACGAACCGGGAGGGAAGGAGGCGAAACAAGACUGAACAUUUUUACUAAUAUCUCGGUACAGACAGGAGGCAGCUUGGCACCAUGGCACUGAAGGGCGUGAGGAGGGCCAAUAAGAACCCUCCAAUACUGAGCCACGAGUUUGUGAUCCAGAACCAUGCAGAUAUUGUGUCUUGUGUGGCCAUGGUGUUCGUGCUCGGUCUAAUGUUCCAGGCCACAGCACCUCUAGCAUCAGUGUUCAUCGCAGUCCAGCACAACGCAACCGACCCAGAGACUCUCACUGGCCCGGAGACCCUCAUGACCUACACUUAUGGCUCCAGAGACGUGGCCGCAAUUUUCUUCUACUGUUUGAUAUCUAUUGUCAUGCACGCCAUCAUCCAGGAGUAUAUUCUCGAUAAAAUCAACCGUAAACUUCACCUAAGUAAGAUCAAACACAGUAAAUUUAAUGAGAGUGGCCAGCUGCUCAUUUUUACUGCUGUUUCUGCUGCCUGGGGCCUCAAUAUCCUCGUUAAGGAUAACCUUCUACAAGACAUCAGCAGCCUAUGGGGGGGCUACCCUGAAGGACACGCCCAGAUGUCCUUCAUGCUCAAAUUCUUCUUCUUAGUGCAAAUGUCCUACUGGCUCCAUUGCUAUCCAGAGUUGUACUUCCAGAAGACGAAGAGAGAAGAAAUGCCAGCCAAGAUACAGCAUGCCUCUCUCUACCUCAUCUUCUGCGCUGCUGCCUACGUCCUCAACUUCACCCACGUGGCGCUGGUGUUGUUGACCCUGCGGUUUAUCGAGGAGGGGCUACACCACAUCUGCCGCCUUCUAUACUUUGCCGAGAGGACACAGGCUGCUCACACUGGUUUCAGAGUGUGGAAUGUUGUGUUUGUGUGUUGUCGUCUAAUCUCCAUCAUCAUUGCCAUCCUGACCUUCCACUAUGGCCUGGGAAGCGCUGAUGACCAGAUCCUUGACACCGCUGCUGGGAACUUCAAUACUCCUGUCAUUAGACUGAACGCACUGGUGGCGGUGUGUCUGGUGCAGGCCUGGAUGAUGUGGAACUUCAUCCAUUUCCACCUGCGGCAAAUGAGAGAGCGACAAGCGGAGCAGAUGGCACAGCGGAAGAAAUUGGCCGAGAGGAAGAACAGGAAAGGACGGAAGGAUGACUGACUGGUGUUUGUUUCAGCCAAAAGAAGUUCAGAGGAGGACUUCAGCGAGCUUCCGGAGGUGGACCAGCAAACAAGGCGCCGCAAGUAAAGCAAACAACUGCAAACAAUCGCUGUAAACAAAAUUAAACAACAUCAUCUGGUUAAAUUUGAGAACAAGGCAAGUUUUUUAUUAGUUUGUGUGAAAAAAAGUGCAAACAACUGCAAACAAUCUGUGUAUACAAAAAUUAUUAACUACUCUAGGUAAAAUUGAGACAAAGGCAAGUUUUGGGAAUUUUUUUUAUUAGUUUGAGUGUAAACAAGGGUGAAAUAAAUUGUAAACAAGCCAAACUGAAGUGUAAACAGGCAAACAACAUCACUUAGUUAAAUUUAAGAGCAAGGCAAGUUUGGGUUGUUUUUAUUAGUUUGAGUGUAGACAAAUGUAAAAAUAAGUAAACAAACUAAACAGGUGUAAACAAAAUCAAACCUAUUUAAAUUUGAGAAUAAGACAGUUUUUGGGUGUUUUUAUUAGUUUGAGUGUAAACAAGUGAAAAAGUGUAAACAAGCAAAGAUCUGCAAACCAUGAACUGUAAACAAGGCCAAGCAACAGAUUCAGCUAGUUAAAUAUGAUUACUACACAAGUUUUUGGUGUUUUUAAUUGUUUACAUGUAGACAAGUGUUAAAAUUAUGUAAACAAGGCCAAGCAGCUGUAAAUGAGCUCUAAAAAAGUAAACAACAAUAAUCCGGGUUAUAUUUGAGAUUAAAACUAAAUUAAGGUAUUUUAUUAGGUUAAGUGCAGACAACUGUAAACAAAAUACUAAACAACUCUCACAGGCUUACUUGAUGUAUAAAAUCAAGGUUUGGCAGGUAAACAAGUGGUGUAAGUGAAUUUAAAAGUGUAAACACUCAAUCUGAUAAAAGUCGUUUCAGAAGAUACUUGGUGAUUAGAGUGUAAACAAAUAGUGUAAACAAGUCUAGAAUGUAAACAAGAUGAGGUUAAUGACGACAAAAGGUAUGUUUAUUGAUGUUUGAUGAAAUAUAAGGUGUAAACAAUUAGCGAAAAGGAGAGUAAACAGGAAAUUCAUGAAAAUAAUGCAAACAAGGAUAAACAAAUGUAGACUAUAGAAAACAUGCCAAUGAUUAUAUGAAGGGAAAGUUAAAUUAAUUGUCUUAAGGAAAUAAUGAUGCAGACAAUAUAUAGAAGGAAGUGUAAACAAUGUAAACAAGUGUAAAGAUGGCUACAUUGAGUUGAGUAUAGGAAUGCUUUUAGGUUUUUCAUUGUUUAUAGUAAGAAUCAAACAAUAUAUUCUGCAAACAACACAAAAACAAGCAAAUAGCGAUGUAAACAAGUAUAAGGAGAUGCAAACAAACAUUAUUAGUGACACUUAUGUAGACAAAUUUGAGUUUUGUUUAUGAUUUGAGUAAUACGUGAUGAAAACUAAGCCAAUUAUAUAUGUAAACAAAUGUAAACAAACCAUGCCUUGGGAAAUAUGGAGUACAUGGUCGAUGUUUAUUUGUUUAUAAGGAAAUGAUUCAUGGUGUAAACAAGGAUGAUGCAGACAAUUUACUGUAUAACCAUUGUGUUCAUAAGAUAAUCUCACUGUAAACAAUGACGAAAGGAACAUUUGUAAACAUGUAAACAAGCAAACAAUAUAAUAACCAUAGAAAAUUGCAAAAAAAUGGCACAACUAUAUAGUUUUUGUUUGCAUUUAAAGUGAUACACAUGACAAAAACUGCAGACAGCACCGUAAACAAGUACUAAAUGUAAACAAUAUCACAAAAAUAGAUUAAAUGAAGUCACAUUGA